AAUGACACUGUCACCACCAAACACUCGCGAGCCAGCUCCCGGUUCCUCCUCUGCCCGUCUCUCCCCCUCUCCCUCCUUCGAGAUCACUGUGGCCCUGCGGAGGCACAGACGACGCACAGCAAGUUAAGAGGAGAGGAGGAGGCCGGUGGAGAUGGUGGGGAGGCAGCAAGCAGCAGGGGGGUCGCGUUGGCGGGCCGACGGUGGCGCCGCGGCGGCGUGGUGGUGGUGGGUGGCCGUGGUCCUGGGCCAUUUAGUGGCGUCCGCGCGGGCGGGGCUCCUCGAGACCAACCCGGGGCUGGCCUACAACUUCUACCAGAAGAGCUGCCCCAGCGUGGACUCCAUCGUCCGCAGCGUCACCUGGGCGCAGGUCGCCGCCAACCCCGCGCUCCCCGCCCGCCUCCUCCGCCUCCACUUCCACGACUGCUUCGUCAAGGGGUGCGACGCGUCGAUCCUGCUGGACAACGCGCAGAGCGAGAAGACGGCGGGGCCGAACCAGUCGGUGGGCGGCUACGAGGUGAUCGACGCAAUCAAGGCGCAGCUGGAGCAAGCGUGCCCGGGCGUCGUGUCCUGCGCCGACAUCCUCGCGCUGGCGGCGCGCGACGCCGUCUCGUACCAGUUCAAGGCGUCGCUGUGGCAGGUGGAGACGGGCCGGCGCGACGGCACCGUGUCGCUGGCGUCCAACACGGGCGCCCUGCCGUCCCCGUUCGCGGGCUUCGCUGGCGUCCUCCAGAGCUUCCAGAACCGCGGGCUCAACCUCACGGACCUCGUCGCGCUCUCCGGCGCGCACACCAUCGGCGUCGCCAGCUGCUCCAGCGUCACGCCGCGGCUGUACCAGGGGAACGCCACCAACGUGGACCCGCUGCUGGACGCCGCCUACGCCAAGACGCUCAUGUCGUCGUGCCCCUCCUCGUCGUCCUCCGGCACCGUGAACCUGGACGGCGGCACGGCGGCCAAGUUCGACAGCAGGUACUUCACCAACGUGCUGAACAAGCAGGGCACGCUGGCCUCCGACGCCGCGCUGACGCAGAACGCCGCCGCGGCGCAGAUGGUGCAGGACCUCACCAACCCCAUCAAGUUCUACGCCGCCUUCUCCAUGUCCAUGAAGAAGAUGGGCCGCGUCGAGGUGCUCACCGGCACCAGCGGGCAGAUCAGGAAGCAGUGCCGCCAGGUCAACAGCUCCUGAUCGGCCGGCCGCCGGCGAGCUCCUCCUCCCCUCCCUCGCUCUCCCUGUGAUUCCUUUUGGUUUCUCUUGCCUGCCUUCCUCCUCCUGUUACAACGACCGGCGCGGAUCAAUAUAUUCCGUUCCGCGCCGGCGAUUGAUUGAUCAGCUCGAUCCUCCCAAGAUCUAUUGGUUUGUCAUGUGCUCGGUUGCCUUGCAAAAUGUAAGAAAAAAAAGUUAAGAUCGCUCGCUCGUGGUCUUGGCAAUGGUGA